CGGUCUGGCUAAACUCAAAAAGAUGAAGGUAGCGGUUGUACUUUUAAUGUGUUGUGUUAUACAAGUGCAAUUAAAAAAGGUACCUUCGGUUAUGAAAGAUCGUUGGGAACAGAUGGUUUCACCUUUCCAUGACGUUUGCAUAAAUGAAACUAAAGUACAACCUAGCGUUGCCGACAGAAUAUUUGAAGAUUCUCAUCUGCCAAACGAUGAACAUUUUAAAUGUUACAUAAAAUGUCUUCAAGAGUACUUAAACUUUUCCAUCGAUGGACAAUUUAAUGUGGAUCAGAUGGUGAAAGGGGUAUAUGCUCUCACCCCCGAAUUGGCGAAAAGUUGUGUGGAAAAAGCAUAUCGUGAAACCAAUCCUUGCGAAAGAGCCUUCUUUAUGGCGCAAUGUGUGGUUUACACAGAUGUGAGCUAAGAUGAACAACU